AUGGAACCGGCGUACGACUUUCCGCGUGUCGUCGGCUCGGCGCGCAUCGUGCAGCUGGCCGCGCUGGCUAUCCAGGUGCUGUGCCUCUACGUGUCCGCGGCGGAUAUUGGCGGCAGCGUGAUCAUCCACAUCGGCGUCAUCGGCUUCAACCUGGCCCAUGUGGCGCGCCGAUGGUUCUACAACAUUGACGGGCGCUACGACUUUCGGCAAAUGAUCGCGCCGAACAUGAACAACACGCUGCGCACCCAGUACGCCAUCGCGCUAUUUACCGGGGUCGUGCUCGGGCUCGUCGAGUACUUCAUCGCGCCGCCGAUCGGCUCCGCCCUCUUCCGACUCGUCUUUUGGUUGGCCCUCUACGCGCAGCUGCUCGGCUCCAUCGCCACGCUGGCCUUCGAGGCGGCCGAGCGCGGCAGGGAGAAGCCCUGGCUUGUACUCGGCUGCCGCUUACCAGCCGAAAAUAACAACAAAACCGGCGCCGGGGCAUGGCCGAUGCGCCAACUGGCUGUACUGCGCUCCGCUGAUGCCGAGGUUGUCGGCUCAUCAAUGGACGGCCUGUUGCCCUACACGUUGCCCAACAACUUGAGAAGACAACUCGUACAUCUUCUAAAAGAUUAUCGACCAAUCUUCCGGCGUUUGAGAGACUAUCAACAGGUAAUUACUGACCCGGAGACCGGAAACGAAGUCUGGCAACUAAAACCCCCGAAGCAGUACCAUGGCUACUUGUUUGGAGCCCUGAUUGGCGAGGGCAGCUAUGCGAAAGUAAAGGAAGCCAUCUACAAGAAAACCCUACAACGAGCCGCCGUCAAAAUAUUCAAGGAGCAAAGAUUGCGCAAGAUACCGAACGGCUUCGAGCACGUGCAAACGGAGCGCGAAAUACUGUCACGGUUGAACCACCGGAAUUGUAUCCAGAUGUAUCAGUUUUUUCGAAUCGAAGAGAAGGAAAAGAUGUAUAUGGUGUUAGAAUAUUGCGUGGCGUCACUGCAAGAGGUCGUCGAAAACUUUGACAACGGGCGUUUGCCGGAAAACUGGGCUCAAUUCUUCUUCAGGCAGCUCAUCACCGGCCUGGAAUAUCUGCACUCGAAGGGCGUCAUCCACAAGGAUAUCAAGCCGGCGAACUUGCUGAUCUCGGCCGACGGCACGCUGAAGAUUACCGAUUUCGGGGUCGCUGAGCAAUUGUCGCCAUUUCAGAACGACGACGUUUGCACGGCUGCGCGCGGCACGCCAAAGUUUCAGCCACCGGAAGUGGUCUCCGGGCUCAAUGCGGUUUUCAACGGGUAUCCAAUCGACAUCUGGUCCGCGGGCGUGACGUUGUACAAUCUUGUGACGGGCGCGUAUCCUUUUGAAGGCGAACUCAUCAUGCGGCUAUUUGAGAACAUUGCCGAACAGCCCUACCUACAACCAACCGUCGAAUUGAGUUCAGAACUUAAAACG